UAAUGAAACAUGGCGCGAGGAGUCAACAUGCUAAUGUAAACAUUCCAACCCAUGACCAUGAAGAGUUCAAUGGCUGGUCGACUGACCAUGUCCUCCUUGUUGGCCCCAAGUCUGGACAGCAGUCUGGCCAGUAGUGUUUCUUCACAGAACAGGAGCAGUGCAAGCCUCACUAAGGCCGAAAAGGAGAUCAAGUCACUAAAAGCAGAAAAUAACAAACUCAGAAAAGAUUUGGAGGAUGUAAGAUCUCUGUAUAACCAGUUAGUGUCUGAAAAUUCUCACGAGAAAUUUGACGAAAGAAGAAUCACACUAUUGAAGUCCCAGAUCAUACAACUAGAAAGACAGGUAUUGAUGAUGUCAGAGGCCCUUAGUUCACGGAGCGGUGCCCUCAUGGAGGUGGAGAAUGCCCUCACCUGGCUUGCAGACAAAUGCCGACACUACAUAACCCUGGAUGUCAAAGGAGCAUCGGUCAGUGUUCCCAGUUCAGACUUCACACAGAUGGUCCAUACAGCUGAGUCAAGCAGAAUCAAAUUAUUCAAGAACAUUGAGAACAGCUCCACACAGGCACAAGGCCAGGCUCUGAUGUUUAUGAAUGCCUUUAUCAAGCCGAACUCCUCCCAGGGUUGUACCCUGUUAGAUGUAGCCUCAGGAAGACUUGACUACCUCAAUCUCAAACAUGUGUCAAAGCUAGAGGGCAAGUUAUCGUCACUAUACAAGGACCUAACACAGCUUCACGAGAUUAUGGAGAAUCCACAGGACGGAUCAGUGAUGACUUCGGGGUGUGUAGCGAGUGUGAUCCGUGAUAGGGCAUCCACACAGCUCCUCAGGUCCUGUGCUCGCCUCAAGGACUGUUGUGGGGACCUGCUGUCCCUUUCACUUCUGUACCCCAGUGCACCAUGGCCUCCAUUGAAAAAAUCUAUGCUGAAAGAUGUGACCUGUGAUCAUGUAAUGAGCAGUCUUCCUAGUCUACCAAAGUCCAAAAUACCAGAGGUCAAGCGAGUGAUGACCGCUCUCCUUAAAGCCCAGAAUUACCAUCAUCACAUGCUGACCCAACAGAUCAAAGGAUUGAAAGAAGAAGUAAAAUUCCACCAAGCUGUGUACAAUCUCCAGAUCUCCUAUUCUGAGACACUACUGACAGCUGUAAGGGAAGGUUACAGAGAAUUUGAAAAGUCCACCAAUGAGUUUCUUAUCAAGCCUCUACGUGAUAUUUUGGAGGCCUAUUUGACUAUGAAAACAUCAGGCAAUGAGAACGGCCUUAGACAGUUCCUGACUUGUUUUAAGAACAGUGAGGAUCAGCUGAUGGAUGCUGUCCUGAAACUGUCAACAGAGGGUAAACCUGAAAAUGGAUGUGGGGCAGAGGUUCUGUCCUAUUUUGGGGAGGAGUUUACCAAAUCUCUUGACAAGGCUGUGAAGCAAAGUCAAUGGAAGAGAGACAAGGCAGGAAGGGAAAGGGCAGAAUUGAAGGAGGAGCAACAUAAACUGGAAGAGGAACUCCGUAGUCUCCUGGACAAACAGGAAAGCUCAUACCAGGAAAUGUUUCCUCCUACUGGUGACACACUAGCAACCAGUGACACCAGCACCCUCACAGGCAAUGAAGAAAUAGAGGUCAGCCCCAAAAACAGACAAUCAGCUGGGAAAUAUAACACUGACAAUAGAUUACAAGACAGUGACCAGCACAACAAGGAUUCGAUAGAACAUUGUACGGAGGACAUAUCAGGUCUAAGUUUAGAGGAGAAGCCUUUGGUAUUGGGAGCUGGUACUCACAGGGAGAACAGCCCCUCAGACAGAAGACGAAAAGGAAUUAAACCUCCUCGCAGUAGCCGAAGUGGCCUCUCAGGAAAUAUACGUAGAGGGGGAAGCCCUUCAGAGGGUAAACAAAAGGAUGCAAGUCCCAAUGGAAACCAACAAACAGAGGCUAGCUCUAUAGGGAGUAAACAGGGAGUUCAGCUAGGCAAUGCAACAGGCAUGCCACCUAUAGUGAAAAGAACUGGCAAAAAUAAAAAGGACCAGAAGUACAUCCCCAACACAUUUAUUCCAAACAGAACCCUCAAGCUGAGGAGGGCUGGGAGUCUCAGCUCCCUCAGCGAUCAUCAAGAUACAGGAUCAGACACAGAAUCUCUUACUAGUCAAACAUCAAGGGGGGAAACCCCUGUGACCCGCAAGUCAACGAUACCACGGAGGUCAAUAAGUAGGUUAGGUCACAGCUAACCUCACAGGUACAGUUGUACAGUUGGGUGCUGUAUAUUUUAAGUCCACACAAUACAGAAUGUCGACUUCUAAUACUCAAAAACAUCUGUAGUUGGUGUAAGGCCUAUUCCAUCGAUGAAUAUUUUGCAGAAGAGGGCAUAGAGGAAUUAUAUACAGAGACUGGGUAUUAAAGAAUUGUUAUCAUUUGUCAAGGGGUAAAAUUGUUGGUGAUAGGGAUAAACAAAAUGCCCCUCCCCUCCCUCUCCCCCUCCAUUUGAGGAUUUUUUAAUAGCCCUUAAGGUUGUUUUACUGUGAACACUUAAUUUAUUGGAUAGCACAAAUAUUUUUCACAAGGGAGCUAUCCAAUUUCAAAUUUAUCCGAAAUACUUACCGAUUCAUUCACAUUUUUUAUAUUUACGGUUGUGAUUUUAAUUAUUAUUUUUUUAAUCUUCUCUACCAAUUACAUUACAUAAGCAAGGAUAUCAUCCAGAUGAUAAUAAAGAGUAACUUGUACGAUACAAAUCAUUGAAGCCUGUGGAUACAACCCAUCCCAUAAACAAGACCUCAAAAGUGAUUCCACUUUGCACAUUUCUAUCCCAUAUAUAGCUGCUAUAUGUUUCAAUACAUUUCGCUUAUGGUUUUGUUUGGAUAGUUUCACAUUUGAAAUAAGUUCAAACACUGUGAUGUCACACUUUUACAUCUUAGUCCAAAUUUUCUAUCAUUUUACCAAUUUGAAAAAACCAUAUCACAAGUUUUUUGCAGAAUGAACCAUAAGCUAGAUAUUGGGUAUGUGAAACAUCAAUCCUUUUGGCAUAACUUCUCAUUACUAAUUCAAUAUCCUCUGUGUAUUGUCAAUGAAACCUAUUUAACAUGAUGCCCAGAUGUUACAGCUUAGUCAUUGGGGUGUUCAGUUCAUACAUGUUUUCUAAAAAUGCUGUUAAUUGUUUCUUGUAAAGAAGACAGACAUUCAGUCGCUAGUCUUUUGUAAGUAAUUUGUAUCCUACAAACAUCCAUUCGUAAUGAUCCAGUGUUUUGUGGGAUUUAUUUCUGGUGAAAUUACUGUUUUUACCAAUAUGUUUUAAGAAGUAAUAUCUGCAUCAUAAUCUAGUCAAACAGUUUGUGAUCAAUUGUUUCCUACCAUAGUUUUGUAUUGUCCUUACCUACUGUAAACUGUCCUCAAUUGUUGUGUAUCGUCUUUACUUGUUUAAAUUGUCAUUACUUGUUGUGUAUUGUCAUUACUUGUUGUGUAUUGUCUUUACUUUCUGUGUAUUGUCAUUACUUUCUGUGUAUCGUCUUUACUUGUUGUGUGUUGUCUUGACUACUUGUGUAUUUUCGUUACUUAUUGUAAAUUGUCAUUACUUGUUGCUAUCAUCUUCACUUGUGUGUUGUCAUUACUUAUUGUAAAUUAUCCUUGCUUGUUUAUCGCCCAUGCGAACUUUUCGUAUCGUUCUUAUGUAUUUGUGUAUCUCAUUGUAUAUCUAAUGACUGCGGUGGCCAAGUGGUUAAGGCGUCUGAUAGUCUGCUACCAAAAACCCUUCACCACUGGGUCGCGAGUUUCAGGCCUACGUAGGGCAGUUGCCAGGUACUGGACGUUGGUUGGUGGUUUUUCUUCAGGUACUCCGGAUUUCCUCCACCACUUAAACCUGGCAUGUCCUUAAAUGACCAUAGCUGUUAAUAGGAUGCAAAACACAAACAAACCAACAACAAAAAAAACAAAAAAAAGAAAGGGCCUCAGAGUUUUAAUCGUAUAACAUCAUCUUACUAACUACAACUUAUAUAUCGAAGGAAACAUUGUGCGAAAAGACUUGUGAUUCAAGCACUUGGCCAAUAUUGGUCUGAUAGCUAAAUCAAGCAUGUCUGUCAAAUUAUACUUCUACAUCUUUGCAAGGUGUUUAUAAUUGUAAACUCUGAAGGUUGUAAGGAGCUGACAAUUAAUUUGAAGUUCCUGACAUCAGUUACGCCGAUUCACCAUUGUAAAAACAUCAAACGAACAUCUCUUAAACAGAAACAAAUAUAAAAAGAUUCUGCUGCAGUGAGUUGUACAGACUCAUGAGAAGCAAUUUAAUUACAUCUGAAAAAAAACACUCAAAAUAUGUCAUUUUAAAGGGUUAGUUUGUCUCUUUAGGGUAUAUAUACACAC